UUUGCAGAAAUACGUCCAUAUAGGCCCUUAAGCUCUCUAUUACCGAAAUAUGUGAUUUUUUUGGUGGGGUUGGAUGUUACAGGAUAUCUUAACAACCCAGAAGCAACUAUAGGGACCCUGGAUUCCAAGGGAUGGUUAAGAACAGGUGAUCUUUGCUACAUUGAUGAAGAUGGAUAUCUCUUCGUCAUUGAUAGGUUGAAAGAGCUCAUCAAAUACAAGGGAUAUCAGGUUGCCCCGGCGGAACUGGAGGCAUUGUUGCUUUGUCAUCAGGAGAUCCUCGACGCUGCUGUCAUACCGUAUCCGGACAAGGAGGUUGGACAAUAUCCAAUGGCAUAUGUGGUUAAGAAAGCAGGGAGCAAUUUGUCCGAAAGCACGGUCAUGGAACACAUUGCAAAGCAGGUGGCCCCAUAUAAGAGAACUCGACGGGUUGCAUUUUUGCCUUCUAUCCCAAAGAGUCCAUCUGGAAAAAUACUAAGGAAGGAUCUUACUAAGCUGGCUACCUCCAAAUUGUGAAAUUGAAUUCAUUUCCUUAUUUUUGUUAACAUGGAUUGUAAUAUCAUUACCAAAUAAUAUUAUUAUUACUUUAUCAUACAAUGUUGAUAGCAUGCUAUGUAUAUCUUUAUACAGUUAUAUAAGUUUAAGUUUUACUACCA